AUGUACUAUGGUCUUGUCCCGAAGCUCUUGCAAACGGUUUCCCAUGCGGCACUCAUGUUUGCCUUCUACGAAAAGAUACACUGGGUGAUCCGCAAACUGUCGAGGCGUGGAGCUUCUCAACUUCGCAAGAUGAAACGCUUGAGGAAUUGGUAA